GUUGACAAAAAUGAAAAUUAAGAGAAGAACCGUAAGGAUGACAGGGAUAGUGGUGCUUCUGAUCAUCUUGAUAAUUGCCAACCAUGUCUUGAAUGGGGGUUGUAGCAGACCGUUGGAAGGGGGGAAAUUAGGCCGAGUAAUGGCACAGCGGUCUCGCAAGCAAAAGGUCCUGGCUCGCCUUCUGGACCAUGUAAUCGCUCCUACGUACCCUGCCCCGGUGGUGGCAAUAACUGUGAGCCCCCUUGUAAAAUUCAUUCGUGAUGCUUGUUUUUUAUGUUUAUUCGUUCUGUGUUGUUAAUAUAUUUCAAGGUUCCCCUAUGUUUUGCUGGGAAAAAAAAAAAUUCCAGCAAUUGCUGUAUAUAUUUGCUUGAUGUUUGAAGUAGCAUGCUAUAGUUGUUUUCGUUUCUUUUCUUUUCUUGGUAAUUAGUACACUGUUACAGUCUGUCCUUUUUUGCUGUAAAGAGAAUUGUCUACUUUGUUGAUUGAGAUCAUGUUCAAGUUAAUCAAGCAAUGCCGCCAGAGAUAGCAAAACUUGGUUAAUUUGUGUGUUGUCACCUAAGUUCUAUUUUCAUUCUUUAAUAUCAUGUUCUUUAAGUAAGUUAUACCUGAAUCCCGUGACCCAAUGACUAUAAAUAAAGUUGUAAAGUGUAU